CCCGGUACCGCGUCCCUCCCCUCAUUGUCAGCGCCCGCACCCGCCGUCCGAGCCCGGAGCCGCCCGCGGGCUGCGGCUGCCCAAGCCCGGGCUGCCCCGCCGGCCAGAGCGCGCCGCGGGCGGGAGGGAGGCCCGGCCGCUCCCGCUGCCCAGGGUGAGAUUGCCUCUGUUCAAAGAAGCGGUGACAUACCAGGAAUACACAAGGUGUUAAAGACCACACCGUUCACCCAGACUAAGCAAAGCUUUCACCUAGAAGGAACAAAAAAUAAACAUGGCAGAAUUUACAGGUUACAAGGAAACCUCAAAUCGGCACCUACGAUUCAAAUUGCAGAGUCUCAGUCGUCGCCUUGAUGAACUGGAGGAAGCAACCAAAAACCUGCAGAAAGCAGAGGAUGAGCUGCUCGACCUCCAGGACAAAGUUAUCCAGGCAGAAGGCAGCAACUCCAGCAUGCUGGCUGACAUAGAAGCCCUGCGGAAAAGAGUGCUGAAGAUCGAAGGCAAGGAUGAAGAAAUUAGGAAGGCUGAAGAGCUUUGCCGGUUAAUGAAAGAAAAACUUGAAGAGGAAGAGAGCCUCACCCGAGCACUGAAAUCAGAAAUUGAACACCUUCAGAGGAGAAUGGUGGAGCUGGAGAAGCUGGAGGAGGCCUUCGGCAGGAGCAAGAACGACUGUACACAGCUGUGUCUUAGCCUCAAUGAAGAAAAGAACUUGACCAAAAAGAUAUCUACAGAAUUAGAAAUACUUAGAGUGAAAGUGAAAGAACUGGAAGUUUCUGAGGACAGGCUGGAUAAAACUGAGCAGAGCUUAACGGGUGAAUUAGAAAAACUGAAAUCCUUAGCACUGAGCUUUAUCACUGAAAGAAAACAUUUUAAUGAAAGAGAAAAGCAGAACGAAAAAAUAAUCCAGGAGCUAACACAGAAACUAGAGCAAAACAAUAAACUAAACAGGGCAGAUCAAACUAGAAAUGCAUCCAACUUGCUAGAAAGAUCAUCAAAUAAUCUCCUGGACAGAAAUGAUUUGAGAAUUGAAGAUGACUUGAGUUCUGCGUUGCCCUCUAAGGAGACCAGGAGGAAGGGAAGUGUGGAUUACCUGAAACAUGUGGAAAAUGAAACCAGGAAUAAAUCAGAAAACCAAAAGAAUAAAAAUCAGGAAGACAAUAAGGUGAAAGAUCUUACCCAAGAAAUUGAGAAACUUAAAACCCAGAUCAAACGUUUUGAAUCUUUAGAAGAAGAACUUAAAAAAAUGAGAGCCAAAAACAAUGACCUGCAAGACAGUUACUUGAGUGAACAGAAUAAAAACAAACUCUUAACGGGUCAACUAGAAGAAAUAAAAAUGCAAAUAAAGAAACAGAAAGAUCUGGAGAAUGGAGAGGUUGAAAAUGAAGAUACAAGCUUUUCUAGCACAGGAAAACAUGACAGACCUAAAUACAGAGGUAUCGCAGCUGAUUUGACAGCUGCCAAGCACAAGCCAAGGGAACUCUCACCACAGCAGCGCCGGGAAAGAGUAAGGAACAGAGACUUCUCUGUCAGUAACGACAGCCACGGUGGGAAACAGGUGCCCAGUCCAAGCUUAAUGAACAGAAAAGCAGGAAAAGCAUCUGGUGCAUCUGCCCUUUCAGACACUGCUGUGACAGAUACAAAAAGACUGGAAGAGAAACCUUUAGUUUCCACUUUUAUUUCUGGUCAGAAGGAAGGCUGUGUCACACAGAAUGAGGGGAAGAGAUCAAAAGAGCAGCCCUCUGUCCUCAGCCGAUACCCUCCUGCUGCCCAGGAGCAGAAAUCUUGGAAAGCACCUUCCAAAACUGUUGGUGACACAGGCCUGAGAUCCAAGGCUGAAAAGCCGUCUCAGGUGCUCCGUGGCAACUGCCAAAGCGGUGCUGACACACGGGAUGAAAAGUCAAGCAAAGGAGAAUCAGUGGCUUCUUUGUCUGAGAAGCUGAAAACGAGUCAGGCAGAAGUCAGUGACUGCUCAGGGGACACGCUGCUCACCAGGGAUAAUCACACCUCUUCCAACGGCACAGCUUCCAUGUACAAGUAUCACCUCUCCUCCUAUGUGUCGGCAUUGGACUCCACUGGCUCUAAAGCAGAAGCAGUGAACACUUCUGCUGCAUCACACAGACAGCCCUCAGAGGGGAGGGCUAAAAGAGCAAUAAUCUCCCAAGAAAAAGAAUUCCCAGACACAUCACUCGAAAAUGUGAAGCCUUCAACACUAAAAAAGCGUUCCCAUUGCUCCAGGAGUCAGGAAGACAUUCUGCAGAUUCUGGCAGGUCUUGAUAAGGAAGACAUGGAGCAGUCUUCAACUUCAGCAAUGGAUCAGGUAAACGCUGGCUCAAAAAUGGACUCCAAAACCAUCCAGAGUAACCAGGAAAAAGUUAAUUCAGAUGAAGAAUCAGGAAGAAGCAAAAAAACAACCACUCAAUCAGACUUUGAGACAAGAAAGAAGGUCAGUUCCAAGCAGUUCUCUAAUUCCAGGGGAAUUUUUAGAGCAUCACUAUUUGAAAAUGACAAAAACACUGUAAACGAUGAAGACUCCACCAAGUGUACAAAAUUGUCAGAUGCCAGCACCGGAGGAUUUAAAUCCAGAAGGUCGUUCAGCCCGAGAGAAGCUCUGAGAUCAAAAGCUGUCAUUAAACCUGCAAUUGUUGAAAAGGAUAUGAAGGCAGUCAUGGGAGGGACUGUUUCUGAGGCAGAGUCAGAAAAACAAAAGUCUGUUUUUAAAAUGGUAACAAAUAAAAUGACAAGCAGCAUCACAAUCUUCCCUUCUGAGCCAACAGCUCCAAGGACCAGUGCAGAUACAACAGCAAAGGAAAGGCAUGUUACCACCAGUAACAUCAGAGUUGCUCCAAAUGAGUCUUCACCAAUAACAAACAAUCUCCCCACACCCUUCGAGAUAUCAAUUAAUAAAAGUGCUCUGAAAUUGUCUGAGACAGACAGAACUGGAGAGGCAGCACCUAGAAGUAAAGCAGAAACAAUGGUCUCCAGAAGCAGCAUUGUGAUAAAGACUUCUGAACUCACGGAGAGGAACAGUGAGCCACCUUCGGAGACAAUCAGCUGGAAGAGCCAUGGCUCUUCAGAGGCAGCUUCAGCCGAAACAAAACACGUCACUGUGAGAAGUUCCUGGAGAACAAGACAAGGCUUACAUUCCCUGGAGGACUCUCAAACCAAAGUGGAGAAGAGUGCAGCUUCCAGUACUGCAAAUGUGUGCAGGUCCUCAGUGGACCUCUCUGAAAUGGAGGGGAACAGUGGAAGAGCAAACUCCCUGGAGCAAACCUCAGCGAGGACCAGUGCCAUGGCUAAUUCCUGGAGUGCCCCUGAACUGGGGUCCCAAAGGACCAAAAGUAACUUAAGUGCGUCUGAACUGCUAACACGCAGAAGCCAUGCAAGUGAUCCUACAGUGGCUUCUGCUUGGCACCGGCCCACGCUACCUGAUGAAGGCAAAGAUUUUGCGCCCAGUUCCAGAAGAAAACAGUAUGGCUCUUCUGAGUACCUCUCACAGGUUGACGCCCCAGGGAAAAGGCCAGCCACCAAGACGGAGCUGCAGGACCCCGGGUCCAACCCCCACGCACCACUGGGUCUCCAAAUGGAGGAGCAGGGUGCUUCCCGUGCCUGCCGGACAACAUCACGGAGAUGAGCUGUAUUCCCUUCCACUCAGUGAACACACUGCACAGUGAAGCAAGAGGCAGGAUAGUACCAAGCUCACGGGCAAUUACACCUGUUUGUAACCUCUCCAGAGGCUUCAGCUAGCCUGAAACCAGUUUUUCAAAUGCGAUUUGCAAGGUACAGGAGCUUUACCAGUGAAUUCUUUUUCUUCAUUGCUGAAGAGGCAGCUGCAGAGACUUUGCUCAGGGGACUCCCGCUUCUCAUCUCUGUACCUGCAAUCUUAGUCUCCUCCACAGGAUGAUAGGUGUCUCCAUAUGGAAACCCUGACUGCAUAGCCGCUCUGAUGAUGGUACUCCCUGGACGAGAGAGAACUUCUUGUUAAUCACUUGCAUUUAGACAAGAUCCCAGAACUAUCCCUGUGAUUACGGUCCCCCAGCCCAUGAUAGCUGUCCUACACGGUUCCACAACUGAAAGCUUUCAGUUCCUAGUGAGAGUUUGCGUUCUCCUAAUACACCCUUGUCAGCUUGGAUAGUGGUCACCUCAGUACUUGUGUUCCCAGCACCCUCUGUCUCUAGGCAGGAAGAAGCCAUUCCCCACUGGCUGCUUUACAUAUUAAGAAGGAAGGAGAGCAGAAAAUGUUGUUUAGAAGCAGUUUCUUCCCUAUUGCUGUCAGUCUCUUCAACAAUCUUUGCAUGACCUACUCAUCACCAGCCGAGAUCUUGCACGAAGAAGUCAUCAUCUGAGCCAAACCAACAGCAGUUCACGCAGCAGUGAACCUUCCUCCUGACUUGGACUGGGCUGAUUUUUUACCUGAAACUUUAUGUCCAUCAUGCUCUGCAAGCAACAACUCUGCUGCUCAUUCUCAGCAGUUGAGCGCUAAGGGAAAAAGAAACAAGUGCUCUUCCUCACAGACAAGCAGAAUGUCCUUGUCCCUUCCAAAAACAGGGUGGAGAGAGCAGGAUUGCACCCUAAGCAGGCUCUGGUAUGGCUGCCUUGGCAGCCUGGGGCUGUGUUCCUUUUCAGGACCGCCCCAUCCACCAUGUCUGGGACCCACCUAUUGUCAGCGUUUGCUUCAAACACAGCGGUACGUUACCCUGUCAGUACCCACAGGCUGCCGAGUGCAGAUGGCGUCGCUGAGAUGGCCUUUCUGGCGGGGGAGAUGCCGCCCUUGCAGCUCCAACAAGUGCUCAGGUGCUGGAGCAGCAUCUGCCCUGAGCAAGGUGAUCGCCUCUGGCUCGCACAGCAAGAGUUCGGCCAGCCCUUCCUUUACACCCCACCGCCCAGCUGCAGGGCUGGCCCUUGGCUUUCCUGCCCUGUACACAAACACCACUGAUCUCCCCCAGUGCUUUCUUCUGCCUGUUGGAAACAGAUGCUCCGCUCUGCGGAAGGACGAGGACAAUGCUGCAGAAGGGAAAAGGUCCCAUACCUGUUUUGGAGGUGUUGCGGGAACAGCUGCAACGCAGCAGCUGCCAUGUCCGCGUUGCACCACACACUUGUUCCCACAUCCCACCUGCCAGAUGAGCGCGUGUGGCUACCCACACCUGCACAUCCAUGUGCCGUAUAUCCCUGGCCCUCGGAAUUAUAUGCCUCAAUUCUGAGAGGCAAAUGAAUCAAAAAAGCCAGAGCUGGUUGGAAAAUAUAUAGGAAAACAUUUAUAGAAAAAGGAUAGUGUUUCAAUGACAUGAUUUUUUUAAAAAUAAUGUUUGUUUGGAGGAAGGGAAAAAUUAUUUUUGAAGAAAAGUGUUCCUUUUGCAAUUUUUUAGAUGGUGUCCCAAAUUUAUAUUUUAACCCUUCAUUUUAUUCUUUUAUAUUCCAUUACAUGCCUAAGUGUCAACUUGCAUAAAAAAAGAGAAAAAGAUAAUGCUUUUAAAUUAGUACUAAGCAACAGCUCUAAUAAUCUUUACACUGUAUUAAAAUAAAUUAUAUCAGCUGCUAUCUCUUACCAUUUCAUGACAUGGCAGUGCUAGUAGAGCAUGGGUAAAUUUGUCCUCAAGUAUAACGGGAAAAUAUUUUAAAACUCAAAAUCCAAACUAAAAGUGAAACGAACUGAAAGUGAACCUCCCUGUGCCCCGUGCUCAUCAGGAAGCACUGAAAAUGGGUGUGUUUUUUUUCCAAUCUGAAACCACAAUGGUUUUUUGUUUUUUUUUUUUUAACGAGCCUGUGGAAUUGUAAUAUCCACCCUGAGCACCCUGCUUUGCUCAGAGGUUAACUGUAUGGCAGGGUCACCGCCACCAUGCAAAAGAAGACAUUACUGAGAUCGACUGCUAGAACAACAUCAGCUUCCCGUGCCUCACUGUGCCGCCUUGCAAGCUUUCAGCAGCCGAUACACAGAAUUGCUGCCUGACCAGGAGUGCCACAGCUAAGCAGUGCUCUUGCAGGGCUGGCCUGCUUGCUAGCCUCUGCUGGCCUUGGGACGCUACAGUCUGACUCUUUGCCCCUUAUUUUCUUAUCAAAGAAAAUAUUUCCCAUCAAAACUAAACAUGCUGCCUCAGGUCGUCUUCCAUCUGUUGCAUGGGAGAUGCUGCUGCAAAAACCCUGCCAAGCCAGUGCAGCUGCUCUGCAGCGAGCAGCCCAAAUGCCUCCUGCAGUACCUGCUUGCUCAGCCUGGGAGUUUGCAUCAUGGAGGCAUCUUGGCACGUACCACCCUCUUCAGACACCACAGUAGUUAUUUAUCUCCAUUUAACAUUCCCAAACCUGCUGCCAAGCAGCUCUCCAGCUGUAUAACUUACACCCAGUUACAAUCACACGGAUGACCCGCUGCUGACCACCUCCUUGUCAGCUGCAGUUCAGCCUCCCAGAGAAGCGGCGUACCUCAAAGGGCCUCCCCCGCCCCUUGUCGCUGCUGCCCAGGACUUGCAGCUUAGUUUUACAAACAGCCGGAUGGCGCAUACGUGCUGAAGAGGACGAGGAUCACUUUAAGCAGCAACUGUAUGGCUUUCCUUCCGGUGAUGAGCCCCGUCCUGCUGCAGGACAGUGGUCCAUGUCCCGCAGGACACUUGGGCACCUAUACACAUCCACCAGCCCUCUCCUUCUCACAUUCUUGGCAUGGAUCCAGCUUAGCAUGGUGCUUCCAGAGCUCCUUCCAAGGGAACUGGUUUCAGUCCUGGCCACAAAAGCUCAGCAUCUCUACGACACGACGUGCUGGGUUAACACAGGCCUCCCUGUACCUACCCCCAAAACUCUGGCUUACCCAUCGGCUUUUCAACCCCACAGCUCACCCCAAUAACGCAGCCCCCUGUCUGAAGUGCAAGGGAAGAACCACCCCCAGCAAUAGCUCUUGCUUUUCCCCUUCUGUCAGGCAGGACCAAGUUUUUCCCUACCAUAGGCAACCAGAGGGCUUCACCCUGCUGCUCGGGUGGCUCCCAGCACGCAGCAGGAGCCCCAGCUACUGGCCCACCAAUGCAGCUCUUCUGGCACUGUCUGCUCUCCUCAGGUGCUUCUCACAGGUGACAUCUCUCCUUUCUCCAGCUGCCUCAGUCUUCUGGUCAAUAUUUUACAGCACAUACUUUGAACUCUUGCUCUAGACUGAGUCUUACUGCUUGUAAAUAAUAACACAGAUGUCACUGAGUAACUGGACACUGGGUUGUUUUUACCACAACCAAGAUUAAAUCUGAGAACGAAAACCCUCCUUAAAAUUGAAAGGGGCCAUGCCCUCUAAUCGUGAGUGCAAUAGGAGCUGAUUGUAUUAUUAAACUUAUAGCAAUGACUUAAGGAAACACAAUGUGUUUUACUCAAAUUGCACACUUUUUUGAACAGCUGUAAAAUAGAGUAUAUGUGUAAAUAUUGCCAUCACUGAAGAAGUAUUUGUAAUUUUAGCAUAUAACUGUAACAGGCUUUUCAGUGGGCUUGACGAUGCCACGAGGCUGCGCAUCAAGCACUUGGGUAAUUCCAAAGUUGUAAAUUUAUUUGCUGUACAGAGGAAGUGUGUCAGUGCUCGCAUCUCUCAAGGAAACGGAGAUGCUGGUCCCUUCUGGAGAGCCAGCAGCCUUUCCCAGAAGGGCUGGCACCAGCCUGAGGGCCCAGCAGCUUGCUGUUUCACAUAGUGGCUCCCUUUGUGUCCAGGAACACCGCUGCGGCGCACGGUGCGAUGCCUCUCCAGCUGCUCAGGGAGCACGGAGGGGCGACAGCUUCGCGGCACCGCCACCAGCGCAUGCAUUGUCGCACUGCAGCUCACUGGACACAGAUGAGGGGAGCUCCACAGUCCUCCUGCAGAUGGUACCUCCAGGAAAGGAAAAGGGCAGGAAGCACAGGGCAGGGUGGCGCACCUUGGUGCUUCAAGAGACACUUGACAUGAGCAAUUUCCUAGCUACAGAUUGAAGCAAUAGUCACAUUGGUGUCAUCUCUAAUAUAGUAGACCUCAUCUCUGCUGCCCUUGCACAUUACUGGAGCGGUCGAAGCACUGCUCCAAGGCCAGCCUCCAGUGGACUGCUCGCUGUGUGAUGGAGUAUGAAGCCAUUGUUUGCAGGUGCCGCUGAUGGUCAGUAACCUAAGGAUCCAAAGGAUCGUCUUCCUAGGCUGCCCAGCAUCCAGUGCAGGCUCCUGCCUUGGGGAAGCAGCACUCCAGGCUGCAUGGAAUGUAUUUUUAAGAGAAUAAAUCUAUUUUUUUGUAUUUGCAGACAUAUAUUUGGGCUGGGGCAGCUUAGAAGGCAAAUAAUGCAAGAAAUCUUUUCAUAAUCACAGACUCAUCCAAGUUAAGCAAAUUUUCCAGGGUUACAGUAUUGUCCAUUUCCCUAAACCAAACAUUGUGUCCAAUAGAGCUAUCAGCACUGUUUCACCCCUCAAACCCCUCCUUGUCUCAGCAUGCUCAACAGAGGGAAGCCAGCUCUUUCCUCCCCAGGCUGCCCAUGCAGUGGAUACAGAUGGUGCUCACCUCCUUUCAGUUACACAGUGCUCUUAGUCUGCAUGCCAAAUGUAAACACACACUUUAUCUGCAUGUCUCUCCUGACUCAAACACUGUCAGCUCUACAGUAUAUAACUAAUAAAAACUCUUUUUACAUA